UGCUCUAUCUCAGUGUGCUUCCUUCAUCUGCACACACAACUGAAAAAGGGAGGAAUUAACAACUGUGUGCUUGCAGAAAACAACAGUGAAGAUGGGCAAGCGGCGGUUCUCAGGGUUGGAGGUGACCCUGAUGGUGCUGUUUGCAUUGGCGCUGGUGGUCUCUGUUGCAUUAAUCGUUGUACUGGCCACUGGGGAACCAGGGACGAUCAGAGACGAUUCAGGAUCCGAUCCAGACAUCGUCCCAGAAUGUCCCAACAUUCCUCUAACAGACAGAGUGGACUGUUUUCCUGACGGCGGUGCAUCUCAGCAAAAAUGUUUGGAAAGAGCCUGUUGCUGGAGCCCCCUGGAGGAGACCAACGUCCCCUGGUGCUUCUUCUCCAAAAAUCACGGCUACACCGUGGACAGCGUAAGCCAUCCUGACAACACACAUAUCGAGGCCAAGCUGACAAGAAUGAAUGCUCCAUCUCUGUUUGGAGCUGAUAUUAAGGAUUUGACCUUCCACGGUGAAAUGCAGACAGAAAACCGCUUUCGAUUUAAGAUCACCGAUGCAAAGCAAAACAGGUUUGAAGUUCCUCAUGAACACGUGCAAGUCCCUUCCAACCCACCCACCGGUCCCUUAAAAUACAAAGUAGAGGUCAUCCAGAAGCCCUUUGGGCUGAGAAUCUGGAGAACAACGCCACAAAAACUCCUGUUUGACACCACCAUUGGGCCGCUGGUUUUUGCUGAUCAGUACCUUCAGCUCUCAGCUAAACUCCCCUCUCACAAUAUUUAUGGCCUCGGAGAGCACGUCCAUCAGACCUUCCGCCAUGACACCAACUGGAGGACCUGGCCUAUCUUCACAAGAGACUCUUUUCCCAACGGCGGCACACACAACCUUUACGGCCACUACCCUUAUUUUACGUGUCUGGAAGAUGAGAGCGGUCAAUCCAUUGGCGUUUUCCUCAUGAACAGCAAUGCUAUGGAGGUGACUAUCCAGCCGGCUCCAGCUGUAACCUUCCGGACUAUCGGAGGGGUUUUGGACUUUUAUGUCCUGGUUGGAGACACACCGGAGGCAGUGGUGGACGAGUUCACAAAGCUGAUUGGCAGGCCUUUCAUCCCUCCAUACUGGUCUCUGGGCUUCCAGCUCUCUCGCUGGGACUACGGUAGCCUGGAUGAGGUCAAAACAGUGGUGGAGAGAAACCGAGAGGCCGGCAUACCAUACGACGUUCAGUACACUGACAUUGACUACAUGGAGGACAAAAAGAUCUUUACCUAUGAUUUGGUGAAAUUUGCGGAUCUGCCCAAUUUUGCUGACUACAUGCAUGAUAAAGGACAGAAAUACAUUGUCAUACUGGAUCCUGCCGUAUCCACAGGGCGAAGGAUAAACGGACCGUAUGAAACAGUCGACAGGGGACAUGCAGCUAAAGUUUGGGUCACUGAACCAGAUGGUGAAACGCCUCUGGUGGGAGAGGUCUGGCCAGGAGAAACCGUGUUCCCUGACUUCACUAAUGAGGCUUGCAUUAAAUGGUGGGUUGAUGAGAUUUCACGUUUCCACAAAGAAGUCAAGCACGAUGCUCUCUGGAUUGACAUGAACGAGAUCUCCAAUUUUAUAAAGGGAAGCAUCAAAGGCUGCUCUGACAACAAACUCAACUAUCCACCGUUCACCCCACGUAUCCUUGAUGACCUGAUGUACAGUAAGACCUUGUGUAUGGAUGCUAAACAGAAAUGGGGGAACCACUAUGAUGUCCACAGUCUUUAUGGCUACUCGAUGGUUCUGGCCACUGAGAGGGCAUCGAAAGAAGUGUUUGGGACCAACCGAUCCAUGGUCUUCACCCGCUCCUCAUUCCCUGGUGUAGGCAAAUAUUCUGGGCAUUGGUUGGGAGACAACGGCGCCAACUGGAAUGACAUUAAAUGGGCAAUACCUGGCAUGCUGGAGUUUAACCUCUUCGGCAUCCCUUACAUCGGUGCAGAUAUCUGUGGUUUCUUUGAUAACUCGACAGAGGAGCUUUGCAGCCGUUGGAUGCAAGUUGGUGCAUUUUACCCCUUCAGCCGAAACCACAACGCACAAGGAUACAAAGACCAGGAUCCUGCGUCGUACGGCUUGGACUCUCUGCUGGUGAACACCUCCAGGCAUUACCUGAACAUCCGCUACACGCUGCUGCCAUAUCUCUACACGCUCUUCUACAAGGCUCAUGUUAACGGAGAGACUGUAGUGCGUCCCCUGAUGCAUGAGUUCUAUUCUGACAAUCGAACAUGGGACAUACACAAGCAGUUCAUGUGGGGAGCACAUCUCCUUAUCACACCUGUGCUGGAUCCUGAUGUUCAGUAUGUGGAGGCCUAUAUUCCAGACGCCAUCUGGUAUGACUAUGAAAACGAAACAAAGAUUACUGAACGGAAAGUGGCAGUUAAUAUGUACCUGCCUGAUGAUAAACUUGGUUUACAUCUGAGAGGUGGAGCCAUUCUACCUGUACAAAGACCAGACGUCACAACCACAUACAGUCGGCGUCACCCCAUGGGACUGAUCAUCGCUCUGGAUGACAACAAGUCUGCGUCAGGAGAGCUAUUUUGGGAUGACGGAGACUCUCGAGAUACCGUUUCAUCUGGAACUCACAUUCACUACCAGUUUUCAGUGACUAAUGGCACCUUGACAAUGCAUGUCACAAAGAAUGGAUACUCAGAUCCAAACAACCUGAAGUUUGAGGACAUCACAAUUUUGGGAUUCAGCACUGCUCCGUCUUUUGUGCUGGUGUCAGAUGGGACCACUAGUGACACUCUGCUUCAGUCACAGAUUCAACACGACUCUGUCAAACAGGUGCUGAAUCUGAGGAAUCUGGAGCUGGAACUUGGGAAGUCAUACACUAUCAACUGGGAGCCCAAAGCGGAAAAGUUCAAUUGCUACCCAGAGGGUGACACCACUAAGGCCCAAUGUGAAGAACGCGGAUGCAUAUGGGAGCCUCAAAAUGCAGAGCACGUUAGUUAUUGUUAUUACCCAGAUAACCAUGGCUACAAAACCAGCAAUGUGGUUGAAACACCAAGUGGCAUCACUGUAGAUAUAGAGCGCAAUGCAGCUUUCUCAAGUCAGCGUUCUCAGUCUCGAGACAUCAACAAGCUUCGUGUGGAAAUCACAUACCUCAGUGAGAACAGCCUACGGUGGAAGGUCUUUGACCCAGAAGAUGCCCGCUAUGAGGUCCCUGUUUCCCUCAACCUGCCAUCCGCACCUGAGACUUCAGAAGACAAAAGAAACUAUAAGGUGGAAAUCAGUGAAGUGCCAUUUGGAAUCCGAGUGGUCAGAAAGGACUCAUCAGAAGUUUUAUUUGACUCGGCUCUGCCAGGCUUCAUCUUCUCAGAACAGUUCAUCCAGAUCAUCACACGUCUCCCUACCGAAUACGUCUAUGGUUUUGGUGAAACAGAGCAUCCCAGCUAUAAACAUGACUUCAACUUUCACACAUAUGGCCUGUUUGCCAAAGACCAGCCUCCAGGGUUCAAGCUGAACAGUUACGGAAUCCAUCCUUUCUACAUGGGUAUGGAGAAAAGUAAGAAGGCUCAUGGCAUCCUCCUGCUCAACAGCAAUGCCAUGGAUGUUUCCUUCCAGCCUACUCCAGCCUUAACCUACCGCACCAUCGGAGGGAUCUUGGACUUCUACAUGGUGUUGGGACCCACACCAGAAGAAGUGGUUCAGCAGUACACUGAGAUGAUUGGCCGACCGGUUCUUCCAGCCUAUUGGUCGCUUGGAUUCCAGCUUUGUCGCUAUGGCUACGCCAACGAUACAGAGAUCGCGGAUCUUUACAGAGACAUGAGAGCUGCUGAUAUCCCCUAUGAUGUUCAGUAUGCAGACAUUGACUACAUGGAGAGGCAGAUGGACUUCACGCUGGACAAAGUAAACUUCCCGGGACUGCCUGCUCUGGUGGACCGCAUGAGGGGAGAGGGCAUGCGAUUCAUUUUUAUUCUGGACCCGGCUAUAGCAGCCAAUGAGACAGCAGGGUCCUACGCUGCGUUUGAUAGCGGGAUUGAAAAAGACGUUUUCAUCAAAUGGCCUCCUGCGCUCAGCAGUGACAUUGUGUGGGGAAAGGUUUGGCCUGACUAUCCCAAUAUCACUGUGGACAAUUCUUUGGACUGGGAUACUCAAGUAGAGCUCUUUAGGUCUUUCGCGGCAUUCCCAGAUUUCUUCAAGAACGGUACAGCGGAGUGGUGGGGGGAACAGAUUAAAGACUAUUACGACAACGUCAUGAAGUUCGACGGGCUUUGGAUUGACAUGAAUGAGCCGGCCAGUUUCGUGCACGGCACCGUUGGAGGAAAGUGUCUAGGGGACCCCAAACUGGAAAAUCCUCCAUACAUGCCUCCACUGGAGUCCAUGGACAAAGGUCUGAACCAUAAGACUUUAUGCAUGAACAGCGAGCAGAUCCUUGCUGAUGGCACGCGUGUUAGACAUUAUGAUGUUCACAACUUGUACGGCUUGUCUCACACCAAACCCACCUACGAUGCUUUGCAUAGUACCACCGGAAAGAGAGGAGUCAUAAUUACCCGCUCAACAUAUCCAACAAGUGGACGCUGGGCUGGACACUGGCUGGGAGACAAUUACUCAGCCUGGGACCAGCUCCUCAAGUCCAUCAUAGGCAUGAUGGAGUUCAGCAUAUUCGGCGUCUCUUACACCGGUGCUGAUAUCUGUGGCUUCUUUAACCCUGCCCAAAAGGAGAUGUGCCUGCGCUGGAUGCAGCUCGGAGCUUUCUACCCAUUCUCCAGAAACCACAACACCAUAAACAUGCCAAGACAGGAUCCCGUGGCCUGGGGACCAGAGUUUGCUAAUAUGUCUCGUGAUGUGCUGAAUAUCCGCUACACCCUUCUUCCAUACUUGUACACACUGAUGUAUGAAGCCCACACCAAGGGGACCACUGUGGUCAGGCCAAUGCUGCACGAGUUUGUCAAUGAUGAAAAGACAUGGGACAUUGACAGGCAGUUCCUCUGGGGUUCUGCUCUUCUGAUCACACCUGCUUUGGAAGAGGGCGUCACUGUGGUCAAGGGAUACCUGCCAAACACCCGCUGGUACGAUUACCACACGAAUAAAGCUGAGGUAGUGCAAGGACAGUUUGUGGAUAUGGACACACCUUUAGACAAAAUUAACCUGCAUGUGAGAGGAGGAUACGUCAUUCCCUAUCAGAAUCCAGAGAGAAACACACAACUGAGUCGUAAGAAUCCUAUGAAUCUGCUUGUUGCUCUGAAUAGUUCUGGUCAGGCCUCUGGUUACCUGUUCUGGGAUGACGGAGAGGGAAUUGAUACUCUUAAGAAUAAAAAAUACAUCUACAAAUCGUUCAUUGCAUCAAGGGGCUCGCUUUUGAGCUAUCGUGAAACUGGGCUGGAGGACGCCGACAGACCGAUCCUGGGCGUAGUGAAGGUGCUGGGCGUAUCAUCGCCCGUCACGCAGGUCACCAUUACUCAAACUGGGAGCAAUCCAACACCUUUGACUUUCGAUUAUUUCCCUGAGACUCAGGUGUUGAUAAUUCAAGUAACAUCGAAGAAUCUCAAAAUUGAUGAGUAUUUCGACAUCAUCUGGAAAUAGACACGGACCCACAUCUGCAGAAACCGGCCAAAACAAUCCAGAGCAAUCACUUGACUAUCUCCAUUUUAUUUAUGAACGUUUGGUCUCAUAACAAUUUAUUCAUCAUUUUCCCCGUGAGCUUCAUACCUUAAAUAAUGUCCCGAUUUUAAAAAUACACAAUCGUUUCCUCUAAAGUAAAGUUUAUAUUAUGUAUAUUAGUGUCUGUGCUCAUUUUUAGGCCCAACUUGGAAAGCUGAAUCUCUAAUGCCGGCUUUUGGGUUAAGCGAGAAUAUAAUGAUAACCCCUAAUUAUCGACAAUCAAAGCUUUUUAACGAGAAACCCUCUCAGCGGCGACUACCUGCCGGGCUGGCUUCACACAUGGCUACAUUUUGAUGUAAUGAUACAACAAUCAAUUAUUCAUUCUACAGUAAACAUAAUGAUAUCAAUUAAGCGAGGGAGACUGUAAAUGGAUUUCUGCUCUAAUUGGCAAUCAUGGUGAGCUGGAGACAUGGGGAGGGGCCGGCCUUCGAUAUUUAGACGCUCGCCGAAAAACAAUGAUAAUUGAGCACCUUUUUGUUUUUCCUUUUUUUAUUUCUGAGUGUGAAGCAGGAUGGAGCUGAGACUGUAAUUAUUUGGGUUUUCUGACAUGUGAAAGGGGUUUAUCCGGAGCUUGUAUUUAAUUAGCAAACAACAGCGAUCUUGCUUUCUUAGGUUAUUUUAUACAACAAUGUGUAACUUUCAAAACUUCUGUGCUGUAAAAAACAUUUAAAAAUUGUUUUAUGUUCAAUCCACUUAAAUUAGUAAAAAAACGAUUAGGUUACCCAGCAGCCCCACAACGUCAUAAGACGUUAAUAUUAGGUUAGAUUUAGGUCGUGACAUCAAGUGACCAAAAUUCAAUGUCUAGCCAGCAUCUAAGGACAACGUUAUAUUGACUUGCAAUGACGACAUCAAAUAACAUUGAUAUCUGAUUGAUUUUAGGUUGUUAGAAAGUGACCAAAAUUGAGCCAACGUCUUAAACCAACAUCAUAUUGACGUCAAAUAGUAAUAUGGCAACCAAAAUCUGAUAGACGUCAUAGUGGAAACGUCCACACAACGUCAAGCUGUCACAUCAUUAGACGUUGAUAUUUGGUUGAUUUUAGGUUGUGUUGGAAAGUGACCAAUAUCUAACGUCAACAUCUUAAACCAACUUACGUCACAUACUUAGAUUUAUUUCUCAGAUAUAGCAACCAAAAUCUAACAUCUGAUAGACGUCAUAGUGGAAACGUCCACACAACGUCAAGCUGUCACAUCAUUAGACGUUGAUAUUUGGUUGAUUUUAGGUUGUGUUAGAAAGUGACCAAAAUUGAACAUUGAGCCAACAUCUUAAACCAACAUCAUGUUGAUGUCAAAAACUGACAUCUAUUCGUCAGGUACGUCAACUAAAAUCCAACAUCUGAUAGACGUCAUAGUGGAAAUAUCCACACCAUGUCAAGCUGUAACAUCAUUAGACGUUGAUAUUUGGUUGAUUUUAGGUUCAACGUCAUAUUGACGUCAAAUACUGACAUUUAUUCGUCAGAUUUGGAAACCAAAAUCCAAUGUCUGAUAAAGAUCCUAGUGGUAACGUCCACACAACGUCAAGCUGUAACAUCAUUAGACAUUGAUAUUUGGUUGAUUUUAGGUUGUGUUGGAAAGUGACCAAAAUUCAACGUCGACGUCGAGCCAACAUCUUAAAUCAACGUCAUAUUGACAUUUAUUCGUCAGAUUUGGAAACCAAAAUCCAACGUCUGAUAAACAUCAUAGUGGUAACGUCCACACAACAUCAAGUUGUAACAUCAUUAGACGUUGAUAUUUGGUUGAUUUCAGGUUGGACGAUGGCUCAUCAUUGGGUUUUGACGUCAACCUGAUUUUCAUUUCCAAACAAAAUGUAACAUCCUUACCAUGUUGGAAUACAACAUUAACAUGACAUCAUGUUGACAUCCUGUGCUUGCUGGGUUAACUUAAUCGAUUUGUGUUGGGACAACAUGAAGGAAUUAUGUGGAAGUCUGCAGUUUUUACAGUGUGUCCGUUAGGAGAUAUAAUAAUACAGCUGUGGUGAACGAUUUUAAAGCUGCAAUAAAACGAUUUUAAACCUC